AUGUAGGAUGCUUAAGAUAAAUUAGAAUUACAUUCAAAACUCUUGAAAUAUCCUCCAUUUUACACGUACAUUCAUUAUCUCAAGUAUAUAGCUUAUAAGAUCAUAAAGAAACAAGAAAGAAACAAAUAACUUAAUGGAGUGAGAUUGUCCAUCUUUACUUUCAAUCACAUAAAAUUUUGGAAUCUUCAAUUAGUGAAAUCCUUAAUUUUCCCAUAUUUUAAGAUUCAUCCUCUGGAAUUAUUAAGAGAUUAGAUUCUUCAGAAAUCAAAGAAAUACUUAAUUAAAUGGCACAAUUAGGAUCCAUAGAAUGGAAAAAUGAUUAAAAUUUCUCUGUAAAUUUGGUUAGUCCUUUCGAAUUGGCAGAUGCAAUCUAUGCUUGGGCUAAGGAGAAAAAAUUGAUUGGUUACACAGAGACAUUAAGAGGCAUUACUGAAGGAAGUCAGACUGAUUAAUCUAAAAGUAUUAUUGUACAUAAAUAUAUAGAAUUUUAUAAUUUACCUUAAGAAUAAAUUCUCAAAGCAUGCUUAAUUUUAGAAGAAACUGGGAGAUGUUAAGUAUAUGAAUUUGAUGGUUUAUAUAGUAUCAAAUUUAUAUGAUUAUAUUAUUUAAUAUCAUAAUAAUUAAGUAUAAUUUCUAUAUUAUCUCAAGAUGAGAACGAUGGAAGCCUAUUAUUUGUUAUAAGAAUAGAUUUUUGUGUAUAUAGCCCAUUUACGAUGUUAUUUUUUUAUCUAUUUCAUAUGAAGAGGAACAGUGAAUUUGUUUUUUAUAGAAUUGAGUAGUUGGUUAUUCUCAAACCACAAAAAUUGAUUUAUUAUUUAUACUUCUAAAAGGAGGAAAAUAUUAGUAAAUUAAAGCAGUCUUAGUUUGAAGUUAAAAGAUUUUUCUUGCCUCUAAAGAGAAUCUUGGAAUAUUAGCAAAUCAUAAGCAAUUAUUAGUUAUAAUUGUUAUGUAAAUAAGCAUUUUUAAUAAAGAAUAUUUUCAUAUAAUAUCUAAAAUAAUUCUAAAAUUAGUGA